AUGUGGACGAGCAUUGCUCCAGCUGGGGAUGAUGAGAGUGGGAGGUUUCCGCUCCCGAAGUCGAAACGUCGCAAGGUGGAGGUGGCCUGCGACACUUGCAGGCUGAGGAAGACACGAUGUGAUGGGGCACGUCCGAAGUGCGGAGCAUGUCUAAGACGCAAAAACGUGGCCGAUGUCUGUGUGUAUGCGGAGCAACCAUCACCUCUACUAUUCAAUCCAACUCCAAAGGCAUCAUCGAGAGCACCGGGACAAGCGGGGCACACCCCAGAACACAGUGUUCGUGGCAAGGGCGAAGACAAGCCCGUUCCGAAUGUUCAUGGUGUCGAAGGCGAACGAAACUGGAUCCUGAAAGCUGGGCUUCUUGCUGCUUCUAACUCUGCUAGUUUCUUCAACACCGUCUUCGGGGAGUCUUCCGGCACAGGCCCGGAGACUAGUGACGAUCUCAUUGACGGAAGCGGACCCGAAAUCAGAGACAGGCAAGAAGCGGGCGACAGGCUAUCGUUUGACCGCCCUGCAAUAUCCCAAAAGCGCGCCCAUUCGGCCGACUACGUUCUCCCAAGCCGGAAGGUCGCUGAUACCUUGAUCGAUAGUUUUCUUAGGCACGCCUACAUUCAAUGGGUUGACCGGCUAAAAUUCAUGCACUGGUACGAAAGUUUAUGGGAUGGUCAAGAAAAGACCAUGCUUGAUGCCGCCGACGAACAAGUCCAGUUUGCACACCUCAACCUCAUCUUCGCCCUUGUGUACCAAUCCGAUACUGAAGACUUGGCAGAGAACCAAGCCCAAUUGGCCGAAACCUAUUUCUUACGCGCAAAGAGGUUGCUGCAACUAUGCUUAUUGGAUCUUGACCGCAUCGAUCUGCUUUGGGCAUUGCUCCUGUUAGCCCAGUGGUUUCAAAGCGUCAAUGACGUGCGUGCAUGCACCUCUUUAGUCGGCCUGUGCAUCCUGAUAGCCCGUAAUCUUGGCUUGCACAAGCCCGAGAGGAUUGACAGUUUGCCGAGCCAGUAUCGGCGGGAGAUUGCGCGGCGGGCGUGGCAUGGCUGUAUUCUCAUGGAUCGGAUUACUGCCAUGAUAUCCGGUCAACCGCUACAGAUUGCUCAGAGUCUUGCCACAAAGGCUACACUAUUUACGGCCAUUGACGACGAAUACUUGACAACGGGAUCGAGCGUUGAUGACGGUACCCUUGGCGUCCAGGCUCCUGGAAACCCCUCGAACGUCUCAUUUUUCCUUGCAUUCUGCCAGCUCCAUCUCAUUCUCGGUGAUGUGUUGGAUCAUCAAGAUGAAGGCAAGACAGUCAUUGACAUCAACCAUGUCAUAGACAUAGACAAUAAACUGGACACCUUCCGCAAGGGACUCCCUCCACACCUACACUUCGACGACAGGCUCGUGGAAGCGUCCGAUAAAAUGGGUAAAUCUCCAUUAUCCGGGCCUUUGGUUCAUCUACGAGCACGUUUUUUGCACAUCCGCAUUAUUCUCUACCGACCAUUCUUCCUGCACCGGGCGAGGAGAUCAAAACAUCCAGCAACGACGCGGACGGAUUUGAGUUUGGGCUCCUUCGCCGAGGCCAUCACACACCAAGGCAUGCUGACUUGUAUCCGUACGGCGCAGCAGAUUCUCGAUCUGAUCCACGCACGCUCUUUGUCUGAUAAUCCAAGCGCUAGGGUCGCAGUCCAGUGGUGGCAUAUAGUGACCUACGUAUACACAGCCACGACCAUUCUCAUUGCCGCACACAUCUUCUCUGAAGUGGCGGAUGAAAUCACCACCACAAGUCUAGCGGACUUCAUCCAGAAGGGAUUUCAAAUCUUGACCUACCAUACUCGGUACGGCGAGUCUGCACGACGGUGCAAGACAGCCCUGACUGUUCUAUGCGAGCGAUACAUUAAAAAUCGACCUAGUAGCCGCCAUUCCCCACGACCGGUCCAACAAGUUCCGCAAAGCAGGGCGACAAAUACAGAAAUCCCAUCUGACAUGUGGAGCGGGAGUCCUGAGCCCCCAUUUGACGGCGGAGAUCUGCCCGCCGCCGCUUUCGUACGCGAUUUCACAGGCUCGUCUUCCGAAUUCUUUCGUGGAGAAGGGAUAGAGUCUCUGCUGUUCUUCAACGCGGAUAAUUGGGGUCAGGAAAUGAAUGACUGGAUGUGA